AUGCAAAAAUGGAAUCGGCAGUUGGAUAAGCUUGCCGAAACAGAUCUAAAGGCGGCAAACUUGAAAAAAGGCGCUUCGCGAGUGUUUUCUCGAAUGCUAAUUACCAAAGAAACUAUUGACCGGUGGGUCAAUUUAAUUCCAAAUGACUAUGGCCUGUGCAUCGUGAAGUCGGGCCUUUUGGUCUUGAUGAAGCUUGCACAACGACACGCAGAUAAUAGGCAAAAGAUUAUGGACGCAUUCUCCGAAAUCCAACAGAUCAUCUGCAAUGCUACCUUGAAGCGCAGGAGCUUUCAGACAGAUGCGCAGGUCUGCGAGUCUGCCGGCAAUGUGUAUGUCAGCAUUGUAGAUGCUAUUGAAAAGCUAUUAGACAUUGUCUUGGCGCCGUCUACAUCUUCAAGAUUGCACUCAAAGCUGCUGAUAGAGGAGAAAAAAGACGCUAUCGAGAACAAAUUCCUGGCAGAGCGACUUGACGAGAAGGAACAAGAACUACAACUCUACAAAAAAACCCAGCAAGUCAACCUGGUCAACACUCCGCAGCAAAAGGCGGUCAUUUCAUUCAGAAGACUACUUCAAAUUCUAUCAGCCCCAGCUCCUGAUCAGAUUCUUGUUGGAAACAUCGAAACUGACUUUCAACGCAUUUUGGCACAACGCGACGAAGACCUUGAGACCGUCGUGAACUGGGACUCGAGGGUAGAUCCUAAUCCCCAAGCACAAGCUCACUCCAUCCUUGACCAAGAGCGCUUCCUGCAGUGGAUACGCGGUGAACAUCCUGAUAAGCUUCUCAUUGACGGAAACUUUUCCACUCGCGGCGCUGUUUCCCUCGAAAAAAUUUCUGCCAUGUCUCUUUUCUGUCCCAACUUCAUCUUAAGCAUGAAUGACCUGGAUUCAUCAUAUAUUUUGCUAUACUUCCACUGUGGCCUGCAGUCUAGGCCUAAAGAUAGAUGGUACGGCCCGACUGGCCUGGUCCUGUCAGUGAUUAUCCAGGUACUGGUCCUUCUAUACGACAGAAGUCUGCUGGAUUUGAACAUUCUUGAUCGGCGGAGCUUCGUUCAGGCUCUGGAGAACCACAGCCUAGAUGAGCUAUCUCGUGGAGGCUAG